UGAGCCAGCAGUGCCCAGCUCGACUAAUGGUUUCAUCUAAAUGAAGUCUACACACAUCUUGCAAGCCCUCCACUCUCCAUCUCGCCUUCCAGCUUCCUUUUUUUUUUCUUGUGUGUGUGUGACAAAUAUCCUGUUGAUUCUUUCUUCAUCAUGUCUUCCAUGAAGCUGGCAGUUGCUCCUUUUCCGUAUUUUCUGUGACUUCCUCUCUUGGUGAGUUCCUGGAACUGCCUUCUGACCCUGCUCUGCUCCAGUGCAUUUGGCGUUGUUGGCAGCACUGCCUCCUGCAGUUCUGCAUGCUUGGCCUUUUUACUACCUGCUGCUGCUCAGGCCUGAGCUGGUUUUAUCGCCUUUUGCUUGGGGUAGGGGUGGGGGCUCCUCCCUAUUUCUCUUUGUUGCUUUCUUCCCUACCCAUCCCCCAGCCACAUGACCUCCUUGCCUUCCUCUGAGGAAGGCCCCCUGCUCACUUCCUGCCUCUCUUGCGCCCCACUAUUGGUGUGCUGAGUUCCCUAUGUUCAGUCCCACCCGGCCUGCCUGAAACAUGGCCUGGGGUGAGUGCCAGCACUGCCCCUACACAUCUGCCAUGCAGCCUGACAGGACUGGGAGCUGAGAAAAUGUACUGCUAACCAUAGUAUGUGACUUAGAGUCAUAACCAGGUCAUUAGGCUAUAAUGCUCUCUUGAAGACGGAGCCAAGCACGAGCUGGAAGUGCUGCAAGUCUCACUGCGGCUGUGUUGGGGUAGCUUGGCACCGCCCUCCGCCCACGCCUCAGUGAGGACUCUCCAUCUUGCUUGUCACCCCACAUAGGCCGAAGGAUCACUCUGAUCUACUCGCCCGGCUCUUCCACCCCAGCCACUUGGUCUGUGGUCCUUCCCAGACCCUCAUACUGUGCCCUCACCCUGUUCUGUAAUGCUUCUGUGGCUGGGCUAUGAGCCCUGAAAAGGCAAGAUCCACUGCUCAGUGCCUGCACAAGUGGGCAUCUUUGCUAGCCCAGAGAUGAAUAAAAAUGAAGAGGCAUGGCUGGGGUUGUCCUUGUCCCUUCUGCCUCUGCCUGUUUUCUGUGUAAAAGUGCAGGAUGAUGAUGGCAUGGGUACCCUGGAGGGCACGUAGCGAAGAGAACAGCUGCAUUUUAAGAACUGAGACAGGGAAACGGAUUUCUGGAAGGAAAGCAUCAUUCCCUGGAGUCCUGCCUCCCUUUCAGGCUGGAACCUUGAGGCCCAGCGCAGGCAGGGCUGCCUCUGGAAGGUUCCUUGAAGCCUCCUGGCUGGGCACUGUCCCCUCCGGCUUGCCCUUCUCCCUCCCUGGUUAUACUUGAAAAAGAGGAUGUUGGACCUGUGCAGGCCCUGGGGUCUGCUGGGUAGAGGUGGCUAGGAGCAUGCCCCUCCGAGCACCCAGUUCAGGGCAUAGUGGGAACUUGGAUGACUUUAGAAGCGCUGGCCUGUAGGACAGGACUUACAAGGUCAGCUGACCCUGAGGUGAGGAGGGGCUAUGUCCAGGUGGCUCUUGGAGCCAGGGCACUCUGGGCCCACAUCUAGACCACUGAGAGGCUGAGAGUGCUGAGGACUUGGGGUACAACAGAAGGUUCUCAGAAUCUCACAAAGUGUCUGGAACCCCAGCUGUCUUCUUGGAGCUGCCUGAAGUCCUGGCAGCAGCCUGGGGAGCAGGGCAGGAGCCCUGUGCGGAUGAGGCGCUUUUGGAAAGGAGAGGUGGGCUGGGGUGGGGGUCUGCCUCUGACCCUCCUGCUCUGCAGGGUACUCGGCUCCUGUGAGUGGGAGCUGGGGGAGCCGUCCUGGGGCUGCACGCUGAUCUGGGCUCGCCUCCCUUCCACAGCCCUGGGUGCUGCCUACGGCACGGCCAAGAGCGGCACCGGCAUCGCCGCCAUGUCUGUCAUGCGGCCGGAGCUGAUCAUGAAGUCCAUCAUCCCCGUGGUCAUGGCUGGCAUCAUCGCCAUCUACGGCCUGGUGGUGGCGGUCCUCAUUGCCAACUCCCUGAAUGAUGGCAUCACCCUGUACAGGAGUUUCCUCCAGCUGGGCGCGGGCCUGAGCGUGGGUCUGAGCGGCCUGGCGGCCGGCUUCGCCAUCGGCAUCGUGGGCGACGCGGGCGUGAGGGGCACUGCCCAGCAGCCCCGGCUGUUCGUGGGCAUGAUCCUGAUCCUCAUCUUCGCGGAGGUGCUGGGCCUCUACGGUCUCAUCGUGGCCCUCAUCCUCUCCACAAAGUAGCCGCGCGGAGCCGCCGGCCACCGAAUCCGAUGUAAAGACGCCCCUCCUCAUUCCAGAACGAACAGCCUGACACAUGCACGGGCCGCCGCCCCUCCGUAGUUGGUCUUGUAAAUGCGCAGUGUCCUAGUGCCCAUCGUCCGUCGCCCCGCCUGGCCCCCGCCGCCCCGUGCUGUGGACUUCUGGGCCCCUCCUCCCACCCAGGUCCCUCGCGCCACCUAGAGUGCUGUGUAUAAAGUGUUAGGGUUGUCAUUC